GUGGGACUGAAACCGUGUCAAAAGAUGAAGAUGAAGUUAGUCUUCAAGAGGAAAAUGUUUGUGGAACUGAAACCAUGUCGGAUGAUGCCACUGAUGCUAGUGCCACAUAUUCACUCAAGUGUAAAGUUGAACAAGAAGACGGUGAGAAUCACAAGAAAUAUAUUAAUUUGGAGAUUGUGCCUCGUGAGCAUCCUCAGGGAAAUAAAGUGGUGGAAGCUCUAAAACUGUUCAAAGAGGAAUAUGCUAAACUCUUGCAGGAGCAUGGGAGUGAGCCUGCAGGAGAAGAAGGCACUAAUUUUCUGUAUUAUCGUGCAUAUAAUUGUGUGAAGCAAAAGAAAAUGAAUUUCAUCCCUGACAAGCCACCAUAUACCUGGCAUUCAGAUUGGUGAUGAAUUCUCCCUUAGGGCGGAACUUGCUGUUGUUGGUCUCAAUUGCCAUUUGAUUUGUGGAAUUUAUUAUGUGAAGGAUAAGGAGGAUGAGACACCAUAUGCUACUAGUGUUGUGGAUUCCGGGCGAUAUGAGAAUAAGGCUACACAACAUGAUAUUCUGAUAUACUCUGGCCAAGGUGGGAAUCCAAAUAUAUCUGCCAAUACUGCAUCAGAUCAAAAGCUGAAGAGAGGAAAUCUUGCAUUGGUUAAUAGUAUGGAAAAGGCGUUUCCGGUUAGAGUCAUCCGUAAAAGAAAAGAAAAUCGCAGAUAUGUGUAUGUGUACGAUGGCCUGUAUAAGGUAAAUAAGUACUGGGGAGAAAAAGACACUCAAAAUUGUAAAUUGGUUUACAAAUUUGAAUUGCAGAGGCUGCCAGGGCAACCUAGGAUUCGUGUCAUCGCAGAUUGCUACAAACCAUCACCAGGGAAGCGAAGGAAUAAUGUUAAAGGGAGAAAACAGGUCACAGGUAUCUGCUUGCUAAAUGAUGUCUCACAAGGAAAAGAGAACUAUAAAGUUCGUGCAAGGAAUGGAGUGGACGAUGAUCGUCCACCACCUUUCACUUACACUACCAGCGUUGUUUACCGACAUCUGGAUUGGAUUAGUGUGCCUGUUGGUUGUGAUUGCGUGAAUGGCUGCUCCAACUCUGUGCAAUGCCCCUGUGUUAAGAAGAAUGGAGGUGAGAUUCCAUAUGGUGAAAAAGGCUUACUUAUGGAACCAUGGACUAAUGGUACAGUCCAUGAGUGUGGACCUUUAUGCAAAUGCCCCCCAUCUUGUAAGAAUAGAGUCAGCCAGCACGGUCCUAGUAUCCAAUUGGAGAUUUUCAAGACCAAAUCAAUAGGUUGGGGGGUGAGAUCCAGGAAUUACAUCAUGCCUGGAAGUUUCAUAUGUGAAUAUAUUGGGGAGAUAUUGAGUGAGUCUGAGGCCAACGAGGAUGAAUAUCUGUUUGAUAUAUAUCAUGGUGAUGGUUUUUCUCUUGAUGCUGCCAAGUGUGGUAAUAUUGGUAGAUUUAUUAACCACGGCUGUGACCCUAAUGUGUUUCCUCAAGAGGUUUUGUAUGAUCAUGAUGACAAGAGAAUGCCCCAUAUUAUGUUUUUUGCACAAAAGCGAAUCCCUCCUUGGCAGGAACUCAUGUAUGAUUAUAAUUACAUGAAGGUUCGUGAUGGAAACAUUAAGAGAAAGGCUUGCCAUUGUGGUUCUCACAAAUGCAAGGGCUGGCUGUAGUAGCCGCAGUUCAGAAAAUGUUGAGCAGCAGCUUGAAGUGGAAGAGAAAAUAGAGAUUUUGGUAUUGUGAAACUGUUGCUAGAGAACAUGGAGAAAAUCAAUCCUUGUAUUGUGUUCUUUGAUUUUGGUUUGUAUGAAGUAUUUUGCACAUUUUCAUGCCAUUUGAUCUUGAAGGUUUUACACUCAUUAUUGUUGCAUGAACAAAUCCCCCAUU